CGCGAGUGGACUGUGGUGUGAAUGAGACCCGUGUCUAUUUGUCGCCAGCAACAUGCAGCCUCCCCCAAGGAAGGGAAAUUAUGUGAAAUUCUUAAAGAACUUGCACUCGGAGCAGAUCAACAAAUUGCUGUUGAAAAACCAGCACGAGUGUGAUUUGCUCGAAGACCUCAGAACAUUCAUCAUCAAACGGUCGGCCAUUGAAAAAUCUUAUUCAGAAGCUUUGCUUAAAAUUUCCUCAGCGUAUUUGAAUAAGAAAAUUCCUAAUAUUCCAGAUAUAAAACUAGAUGGAGGUGAAGAAAAAUGGAACAUGUGGAGUGUGUGGAGAACGGUUUUGGAAGAAAACGAGAAAUUGGCUCGAGCCCGUUUGGCUGCUGUCGAAGUUUUUCAGCAACAAUUGGCCGAUGAUGCGAAAAUAUUGAGAUCACACAAAAUACAAACAGCAAAAAGGUGUGUUGAUCAACUCGCAAUUGUGCAAAAGGAACUGCAAACUUGUGUUUUGGACGUGGACAAAACGAAAAAAUUCUACUUCGACGAAGAACACAGUGCUCACGACGUGCGAGAUAAAGCUCGAGAUAUAGAAGAAAAGUUGAAGAAAAAGAAAGGAUCCUUCUUCCAAUCGAUCACGUCACUACAGAAAAACAGUGCAAAGUUUUCUACGAAAAGGGAAUUGCUGGAAGAAAAAUCAACUGGGGCGCGAAACGAUUAUCUUUUGUGUUUAGCAGCGGCAAACGCCCAUCAAAAUCGGUAUUUUGUUGUCGAUCUCCAACUUUGCAUGACCUCAAUGGAAAGCGGAGUUUACGACAAAGUGGCCGAAUAUUUAACAUUGAUGGGCCGCACGGAAUUGUUGACGUGUUCCGCAAUGCAAAACUCGUUCACAAUAAUCCGUGACCAAGCCAAAAAGCUGACCCGCGAAUAUAACCUCCAGUGUUGUUAUCUCUACUAUCCGGUACUGAAGCAGCACAUCCAAUACGAGUUCGAGCCGUGCGACAACGACACGCAGGAUCACAUCUCGGCCGAUCACGAUUCUGCGGCGGCCACAUUGAGCAAAGAGGCGCGACGGUGGGCCACGAAGAUCGCCAGGGAGAACAACACGAUCAAGGAGAGCGUGAGGAAGUUGCAGAUUUACAACGCCCUCAGGGAGGCAGGACAGAAGGUCGAUCCCAACGACCAGAACGGUCCCGAUUUGGAAACGAAGAUAGACGAUUUGAAACAGACGAUCAGAAGAUCGGAGACGUCCAAAGCGAAGGCGGAGGCGCGCAUAGAGUGUCUCAGGGCCGGUGGCGUCAACGUCGACGAGUGGCUGCAGGAGGCUGAAACGCUCAACGUCCAGGACAUACAGAGAUCGGCCAGCUCACUAUCGGAUCAUCCCAGUUCCGAUUCGUUUUACGACAGCGACUUUGCCGAUGGGGAAGUGACCGCGGCUCCGGUGGCGGCGUCCGUGACUGGCGACCGUACCUCGGAAAGAGGCGUCGACUUCGAAGAGCAGCCCCAGGACUAUUACGAAGCGGCCGAGGUCGACGGUGAGUGGGCUGUUUUGGAACAGGAACGUCAGAGGAUAGAGCAACUGACGGCCGGUUGGGACGAUCCGACGCAGGUCGAUUGGGGCGCAGAGGCGGCCAGAAAUGGAUCAGAAAGCGCUGAUGCACCGGAAACUGUUCCGUCUGGCCCUUUGUUGAAAUGCACCGCUUUGUAUUCGUACACGGCACAAAAUCCGGACGAAUUGACGAUUGUUGAAAACGAACAGCUGGAAGUGGUGGGCGAAGGAGAUGGUGACGGUUGGUUGAGAGCCAGGAAUUACAAGGGCGAGGAGGGCUACGUACCUCACAACUAUCUCGACAUCGAGAGAGAACAAUCGGUGACGACACCGGGCCUAGUGAACCAAAUAUCCUUCUCGUCAGUCGAUUACACAGUGGACAACGAGGACGAAGCCCUUCAGCAGUCCGAGACAAACCAAUCCCCCGAACAGAUUUCAGUUAUUUCAUUACCGAUGCAACAGACACCGAAAUCUGACGAGCCACCCUCCGAAUAUUGCAUGGCACUUUACGACUAUGACGGGGAGGGAGACGAGGAGUUGACCUUCGAAGAAGGCCAGAUCAUAAGAAUACUGAGCAGAUGUGCCCACAGCGUCGACGAUGGCUGGUGGAAAGGAGAGCUCGAGGGAAGAGUCGGAAACUUUCCAUCACUGGUAGUAGAAGAAUGCGAUGAGUACGGCGAACCACUUCCCGGAGAGUUUGACGAGUCACCGCCGCCGUCAGCACCCCCCGUAACGACACCCCCGGAUCUCCCUAACUUUCUAGUUGCCCCUGCUGAGGUGGUGAUCACGCAGGCAACGCCGAUCGGCGAUCGGCCGCAACAGAAGGAGGAGGAGGAUGCGGACGAUGAGGGAGAUGGUGAACCAGGCGCUAGAACUGAACGGGGCUUCUCUAUGGAAUUGACCAGAGACCAGCAAAAACAUUACGGUAGCCAAUUCGGCGAAGACGGAACUGCUGUGCCAACGAUUGAGGUGCCCAAUUUAGAAAUAGUUGACGAGGACGGGAAGGCGAUUCCGCAGGACGAAGCGGCGCAACAGCAAGACGACGACUUCGGCCUGGGUGUGGCGCAGAUCGUGAUAACGGCCGCGACACCGAUGAUUGAAGAGGCGGAGACGCCGUUCCCACCGCCCGAAGAUGUCCCCAUAACGAACCAUGACGGCGUCGAGGACGAAGAAACGAAGGAAACACCCGAAUCAGAAGGAGGCACCCGACUCGAAACGAUGGAAGAGAGUGAUGAGCCGAUGGACGAACAGCCGGGGGACGGCGCCCAGUUCGUCGUAAGCAGCAGUACAGGAAGCGACGGUGAAACAACCGGUCCGAGUACGGCAGAAAAUUCGGUGUCACACGCGCCCCCCGCCCACGAACCGCCGGAACCUGAACCGAAACAAGUGGUGGGCGGUAGGGCGUCCAUCCCCGACGAACUGGAACCCCAUCAACUGGCUCGUCUUCAGGACCUGAAGGAGUCCAACGCGUAGAACGCCUCAAUCAUUUGUUCGAUUGAUUGGAACGAUCAAUCUAUCCUAAAAACUAGCCCCAAACAUACGCUGCAUCCGAGUGAAAAUGUUUCAAGUCGAUUGGUCGUUUUGACAAAAAUUACCGACCGAAAAUUAUUUGGAAACAAUUAUUGGAUAUUAAAUUGUUCGAUUCCCUUUAUCCAUGAUGUGUGUUAAAAAAUUCUCAGCCAAAGAGAUUUGAUCCUGUUUGAUGUGUGCGUUUAUUUUGUGAUGAUUGACUGAUUUUUUUUUCAAAAUGACCAAUUUGAAUGGAGUUGUUUCGCGCGUAUAUUUGUACCUAAUUUGUUAUUUGUUAGAUAUUUUCACGUUAGAAAUGAUGCAUAGUUGAUAGUUUAUGCGUUUGUUAAAAUGAUAUGAAGGGAUUUUUCUCUUUUUAUUUGAAUUAACAAUUCUUUUUGUGUUAUGGGAUAAAUGAAACGUCUAAACUGUUUGAACUGUUGCGAAAGUUGCGGUCAAUAAGAGUAAUCGAAAGCACUUUGUUUCGUCAACCGAUUUUUACUGUUAAAAGUCCAUUUUUCUAUCUCACUGACAGAGCUGCACUUUUUUCUACUUUGUCAUUUACAUGACAUACAACAGUGGAGAAGAAAUCAUUUUAAUUUAGUUAAUCUAUAUGGAUACGAAUACCUCAACCUAGCGCAAUUAUCUUAAUUUAUUACUAUAGAAAAUAGCAUCAUUUAUUUUAAUUGAAUAAAAUGUCAAUUUACAAACCAAGAAUUAAUCUGAGAAAGGACCAGACCUUUUCCAGAUUACAAUUCAUGCAUCAAUCAUUUUUCUACAUUACACUAAACGUAAACCUAUAAACAAUGUUCUUAUUUUCUAAACAGUUCCUUGGAAUAAUUUGGUGGCAAUCAACGAUGAAAGCUUCAAUUUUCAAUUAAUCACACACGUUUUCAUAUUUGUAUAGUGUAUAUAAUGAAAUUAUGUAUUAAUGUGUGUAGAAUACAUUUAAUAUUUGCACUGUCUUAGAAAAUAUUUUUUGUAUAUAGCGUCAACAACACACCAGAAAUUUGUUAUCUCACAAUUAUCAUUAUUAUUUCCUUUUCCAAAAUAAAAUUUUGCCAGUAUCACAAGGAAUAUCUAAUAAUAACGUUGUAAAUAACAUUAACUUCUUCACCGUUAAAUGUAAAUAUGAAGGAAUGUAUUUGCACAUUUUCUUGUAUGUUAUACUUCUGACAACCUCAACAAGAAGAUCAUCAUCGUUGAUUUGUUGACUGUGUUUCACUAAUGACGCUUAAAGUGGUGUUUGUUUAGUUUUUAGUUUGUAGAAGUGUACUUUGUUAAGCUGUUAAUUGUAAUUCGUAGCGUUUAGGAUUAACGAUAACAGAAAUGACUGAAUCACUUUAAUUAUACGAAUUUGUAUGAUAAGAACAACGCACUAAAACAAAAAAAUUAAUAAAAUUAUAAGAAUAAUCUUACUCUCACCAUUAAAACGUCUUCUAGAACAAUUUAGAUGUUUCAAAAUGUUCACCUUCAAAAAAUGGGGAUAAAGUAGAGGUAAAGAAUGAAAGAAUGGGUCAACAACGUUGUCAUAAAAUUAAUUUUGCUCACCACAUUUGUUUUGCUCCUUUAGUGUAACAAUGGCAGCGUUGUGCAAAUCAAAAAUUAAAAGUUUAGGUUUGGCAGUGAUUAAAAAAUGAUUAGUUUAUGUUAUUGCCACACCUACAUUUUUACUUUUCGAAGAAUAGAUUUAAAGUUGAAUAGGAGUAUUGUUUUGGAAAUGCAUUUAAUCGAAUCGCUUUUUGUGGAAAUUUAAAAAAAUUCUAAUGGAAAAUUUUUAAAUUUUCCAUCUUAGAAAUACACAGAGUUAAAAUGUUCGGGCGAUGCUCAAACGGACAAUAAAGCAUCGGAAAAAAGUUACAAAGAUUAUAAAAAUAGACGGCAUAUCGUUCCAAAAGUGGGGCAUUUUUUUCAAAAUUAUAUUCAUUUCAAUUUACUGAUAAGUUAGCAAUAAAUAAGCAUCGUUACGUUUGUAAAUAGUGUGCAGCGUCAGUUGUUCCUUUUGGGCGAUUGUUUGUUCACGAUUUUAAUUGAUUUCACCCCGUAGUCACGAGAACGUUGCGCAGUUUUUUAAAAAUUUUCCAAAUGAUUUUACCACAAUACUGGCUGUUGUUUACGCGAUCGCAUUGAAUUCCCCGUCUUCUUUCAGCGGUGCCUUCUUAUUAUAAAAUAACUUCAAUCUCACACCUGUAGAUACUGUACUGUAAUUACUGAUUACUAAUUAACCCGAUUAAUUGAUUAUGGAAAAAAAGUGUCUAAGAUCUGGAGAUUUUGGACUAAAGAAAAACUUAUUAAUCCGUUCUAUGUAACAUCAAAUAUACUAUAAAUAAAUGAUUUAUGUAGCAAA